GACAACAUCAUUUUACCGAAACCGAAUCGUGACUUUCAAAUUUAUUAUUUUAUAACAUUUGAACAACAUCCUCAAAAUUAUUUGAAAUGGCGGCUUCCGUGAUCAACACUUAUGCUGACCCUUGUUUGCCUGAAUGGAUGAACGCACCGCAUAGUACAGGCACCUCAAUUAUGGCAUGCGAAUUCGAUGGAGGUGUUGUUAUCGGAGCGGAUUCUCGCACGACUACGGGCGCUUACAUUGCGAAUAGAGUAACAGACAAACUGACAAAGAUCACUGACCAUAUAUAUUGCUGCCGUUCAGGCUCGGCUGCUGAUACACAAGCCAUUGCCGACAUCGUAACAUACCACCUGAAUUUCCAUAGAAUGGAGCUUGGUGAACCUCCUCUUGUGCAAACAGCAGCUGCAAUCUUUCGUGAACUCUGUUACAAUUACCGUGACUCAUUAGUUGCUGGUAUUUUAGUUGCUGGCUGGGAUAAGAAGAAAGGAGGACAAAUCUACUGCGUACCAAUUGGUGGGAUGGUUCAACGCCAAGCAGUUUCCAUUGGUGGAUCGGGGUCAUCAUAUGUCUAUGGAUAUGUUGAUGCCAACUUCAAGCCCAAUAUGACAAAAGAAGAAGCUGUGAAAUUUGUUACAAACACACUCACACUGGCUAUGUUACGUGAUGGCUCAUCUGGUGGUGUGGUUCGCUUGGGGGUGAUCACUGAAGCAGGUGUUGAGCGCACUGUGAUCCUUGGUGAUCAACUGCCCAAGUUUUAUGAAGGUUAAAUAAAACUUUGGUUUAUAUAAAUAAUAUUAGUUAAUAAAAUUUUUGU